AUGGAUGUGUUCCAUUUAAUAACUUUACUAUUAACUUUCGAACAUGUUUUCGCGGAAACUGAAAAAUACUACUCCGAUUUCGGAUAUGUGAGCAUUGAACCCGGUGAUACAGUGGAAGUUUUAAAGCAAGAUCGCGGUAUUUUUCCUGGGUCGCAUCAAAAUGUGAUUUUACACGAUAUCGGUCGUACACAUAUUACUGGGACAUUUCGGUAUGGAACACAGUUCGGUAUAAUUGGGGACAUUACCUCUUACUCCAUAUACCCAGGAUCAAAACAUACCUAUGUAAAUGGAGGAAGACCUUACUACGUAACUAACAUGAGAAUCAGCAAUAGUGAUAAAUCCGUAAGAGCCAUUGUGUAUGGAGAAUUUACGAACGGAGGUUCUGACGGCGGAAAAAAUUUCCCUUUGGACAUUAACACAAACAACCUUUUACGAUAUUUAACAUCGAAGGCAAUUUCGUAUAUACCGAAAGUUGGAGAUAUGCUCUCGGCUGUUGUGCAGAAGUUCUGGCCAGAAGAGAAGCCAAGCAUAUGGGAAGAAAUUAAGGACAAAGUAAAGUCUUUAGUUGAUGACAAAGUACAGGACGCGAUCAAUGGUAUCCUCGAGGGCGAUAUUGCUCAAUACAAAGCCAGAUUGGAAACUCUCACAGAAGAAAUGAACAAAAAAAACAACACUGCACUGCAUUAUAUGGCGAUCGCGCUUAGUUUUAUCGGUUUCGAGAAAAAGUUCAUAUUUUCUCAAGGGCACGCGGAUUAUAAAAAGAUCAACUAUCUUUUAUUGCCGCUGUAUUCUUCAGUGAUCCAAAUGAAAAUGAUGUUUUACACCAUUGGUAUAAUUCAAGCAAAAAAGAUAGGGCUUGAUGAUGAACACAUUAACGAUAUUGAAAACUAUUCAAAGAAACUGCUGCAUGACGGGGAAGGGGCGAUAAAUUACAUAAGAAACAUGUAUAAAGAGCGAGUUGACCAUACUUACGCUACGGGAAGAGCGGGUGCUAUUUUUGAUCUCAUGAUGACUGUAAGGAGUUAUAUAGCUGUUAAUGGUUUGGAAUACUUUGCCAAUUGGGAACACAUGUUAUUAAAUCCAACCCAACCGAAAAUUCCUUACAAUAAUGUACUGGUCUAUUCAAAUUUCCAUGGAAGACAAACAAAGGAAAUGGCUAGAAUGGCUAUCAUAGAAAAUGCAAUAGAACCCCUCGCCCCUGUGUUAAUUAGUGGCCGCAGAAAUAAAAUUACCAAAGUUGAGGUUUACAUGUGGGCAAAAUUAAAAUCAAAAAUCGGUGGUUUAAAAGUGCAUUUCGAGAUUGGGCCAACUUACAUGAUGGGUGGAACAUCGGAUGAAAUCUACACCAUUGAAUGGAAUGGGGCAAAACUCAUGAAACUUACCACUUCUGGAGGAGGUGCUUUGGAUGAACUUAUUUUUGAGUUUUCCGAUGGGAGAGUUUUUAAGCUAGGUUGGCAAAUAAAUCCAUCAAAAACUGUGUUCGAGCUGCCAAAUCAUCAUAUUGUUGGCAUAUUUUUGACUAAUGAUUCCUUUGCUACCGCUCAUCAGGCAAGCAGUAUUGCUGUAUCGUAUCAAUCGACUGAAGGUUCUGAUUUUUAG